AUGGGUGAUGCUCCCGAAAAAGGGUGGCCAUUCAUCAGGCGUGUCACAACCUAUGCCGACGAAAAGGAGUGCGAACGCAUCGUGGAGUGUUUUGAGGACGAAGAGAGUUUGGAUAUUGGACCAGAGCAUGCAUUUUGUGAUGAGCGCCACGAGCCUGCGUGCAAUGAACAGCCGGCGGAUUUUCCGAUCGUUGUCUGGGUCAUUCAUCACCCGCUGAGGAACGGGAAGCGCGGGUGCCUGCCACUCUGUGCCUAUUCCUCGGCCAUUGAAGAGCAUCUUGAGGGCACAUUUCGCCCUAUCUCUGAAGGCCGGGUAAAUGCAACAUUGGGAGGUGACGACCCCUUCCUGUCCCAAUCGCCGCGGAGAACAACUGGCAUUGCUACCACAGCCGUGCAUGGUGGUAUGGUGAUGUCUUUGGCCGUGCAGGAUAUGGACUGUGCCAUUGUAUCCUUUGACGUACACAAGAAACGGCAUGUAUGCAAUCCACAAGAUGAGAAGCCGGCCAAACAUCUCAUUGACAAGGGAAAUUCGAGGAUAACUCAUUUUGAUGGUGGAAGGCAGCCGACGCCAGUAGAAGAGCCGCUGGAAGAAGGCGUCUGGCAUGAUGGGACGGCAAGGUCAGCACUACCCAGCCCAACAAAAGUGCUAUCACGGUAG